AUCAGGGGAGAGAGUCUAGUCUUUGGUGAGACUGAGGGGGAGUUACAGAGAGAAAGGGACCUGGGGUGCUCUUCAGAGAACGGAAUCUGCAUGCAUGGUGAUCAUCUCCUCUGUGGGUGAUCCAGUCACCAUGAGAGACUAGGAACUCAGCUCUCCUAGGGAAAUGGCUUGUUUUGUAAUAUCCCUGCCCUGCCUGCCGUAUGACUCCAGCUGCCUCUGAAGGUCCCGUCAGCUGUUUAUGGGAACUACCACUGUGUUCGCUCCCUUGAGGAUUUAAGCUUUUCCAGGACAACACUUUCUUUUUUUUCCACCCCUAACGUCGAGCCGGGGCAGCAACGCUUUGCAACAGAGUGAGGAGGCGGCGAGACAAUGGCGAACAACUCGUACAGCGGCGUGAAGAACUCCAUGGUGGAGGCCAACCACGAUGGAGAGUUUGGCUGCUCGCUCAAAGACCUGCGCGCCCUCAUGGAACUGAGAGGCGCAGAGGCCAUAGGCAAAAUUGAGGAAUCUUAUGAGGAUGUUCAAGGACUCUGCAACCGGUUAAAAACAUCACCUAUAGAUGGUCUAAGUGGACAGCCUGGAGACAUCGAGAAGCGGAAAACAGUGUUUGGGGAAAAUUUGAUACCGCCCAAAAAGCCCAAAACUUUCUUACAGUUAGUGUGGGAGGCGCUACAGGAUGUCACACUGAUUAUUCUAGAAGUGGCAGCCAUAGUUUCACUAGGCCUUUCUUUUUAUAGACCUCCAGAUGCCGAUAGAGAAAACUGUGGAAGGGCAGCUGGCGGUGUGGAGGAUGAAACUGAGUCAGAAGCGGGGUGGAUCGAGGGCGCCGCCAUUCUUCUGUCUGUUAUCUGUGUGGUGCUGGUGACAGCCUUCAAUGACUGGAGUAAAGAGAAGCAGUUUAGGGGCCUCCAGAGCCGCAUCGAGCAGGAACAGAAAUUUACUGUCGUCCGUGGAGGACAAGUCAUCCAAAUUCCUGUGGCUGAGAUCGUGGUCGGCGACGUUGCACAAAUAAAAUAUGGUGAUCUUUUGCCUUCUGACGGGGUUCUCAUCCAAGGCAAUGAUCUGAAGAUCGAUGAGAGCUCCCUCACAGGGGAGUCGGACCUUGUCAAGAAAACACUAGAAAAAGAUCCCAUGCUGUUAUCAGGCACCCAUGUAAUGGAAGGCUCAGGGAAAAUGUUGGUUACGGCUAUAGGGGUCAACUCUCAAACUGGAAUUAUCUUCACUUUACUUGGGAGCGCCGAGGAUGAUGAAGAAGAAGAAGAAGAAAAGAAAAAGGAAAAAGAGGAGAAGAAGAAACAGAGAAAAAACAAGAAGCAGGAGGGAGCGGCGGAGAAUCGUAAGAAAGCUAAAGCACAGGAUGGUGCUGCGAUGGAAAUGCAGCCCCUGAACAGUGAGGAAGCUGAUGCGGAGGAGAGGAAGAAAUCCAACACGUCGAAGAAAGAGAAGUCUGUUCUCCAGGGCAAACUGACCAAGCUAGCCGUACAGAUUGGAAAAGCAGGACUGGUUAUGUCUGCCAUCACUGUCAUCAUCCUGGUGGUGCUGUUUGUAGUAGACACCUUCUGGAUCCAGAAUCUUCCUUGGGUCAAGGACUGCACACCCAUUUACAUUCAGUUCUUCGUGAAAUUCUUCAUUAUUGGCGUCACUGUCCUGGUGGUUGCUGUUCCUGAAGGCCUGCCUCUGGCUGUAACAAUCUCCCUGGCAUACUCUGUUAAGAAAAUGAUGAAAGACAACAACCUUGUACGGCAUUUGGAUGCCUGUGAGACUAUGGGCAAUGCUACCGCCAUCUGCUCUGACAAAACAGGAACACUCACCAUGAACCGCAUGACUGUGGUGCAAGCCUUCAUCGGGGAGAAGCACUACAAGAAGGUCCCUGAGCCAGAGAACAUCCCCUCCUCCAUUCUAGACAUUCUAAUUCUGGGCAUCGCUGUCAACUGCGCAUACACUACUAAGAUCAUGCCUCCAGAGAAAGAAGGCGGCCUGCCACGGCAAGUUGGUAACAAGACUGAAUGUUCCUUGCUUGGUUUUUCCAAUGACUUAAAGCGCGACUACCAGACCAUACGCAACGAGAUCCCCGAGGAGAAACUCUACAAAGUCUACACCUUUAACUCAGUCCGCAAGUCCAUGAGCACCGUGUUGAAAAUGGCUGAUGGCAGCUUCCGUAUGUUCAGCAAAGGGGCCUCAGAAAUUCUCCUAAAAAAGUGCUAUAAAGUCAUGACGGCAAAUGGUGAGUCCAAGGUGUUCCGCCCACGGGACAGAGACGACAUGGCGAAGAAAGUGAUCGAGCCCAUGGCCUCAGAGGGCCUGAGGACCAUAUGUCUGGCAUACAGAGACUUCCCUGUCUCUGAGGGGGAGCCUGACUGGGACAAUGAGAAUGAUAUUCUCAGUGGACUGACCUGCCUCAGCGUGGUGGGCAUUGAAGACCCUGUGAGACCCGAGGUCCCAGACGCCAUCAAGAAAUGCCAGCGCGCCGGUAUCACAGUGCGGAUGGUGACUGGGGACAACAUCAACACAGCUCGAGCCAUCGCCACCAAGUGUGGCAUCCUACUGCCCGGAGACGACUUCAUCUGCAUAGAGGGAAAAGAGUUCAACCGAAGGAUACGCAAUGAGAAAGGAGAGAUCGAACAAGAGCGCAUUGACAAGAUCUGGCCCAAACUACGAGUACUGGCACGCUCUUCCCCCACAGACAAACACACCCUAGUGAAAGGUAUUAUUGACAGCACAGUGUUAGAAAAAAGACAAGUAGUAGCCGUGACAGGAGAUGGUACCAAUGAUGGUCCCGCCUUGAAGAAAGCUGAUGUCGGCUUUGCCAUGGGUAUUGCCGGCACAGAUGUAGCUAAGGAGGCCUCUGACAUCAUCCUGACUGACGACAAUUUCUCCAGCAUCGUCAAGGCCGUCAUGUGGGGGCGCAACGUCUACGACAGCAUCUCCAAGUUCCUCCAGUUUCAGCUAACUGUCAACGUGGUGGCUGUCAUCGUAGCAUUCACAGGAGCCUGCAUCACACAGGACUCUCCACUGAAAGCAGUCCAGAUGUUAUGGGUCAACCUCAUCAUGGACACUUUUGCUUCACUUGCCCUGGCCACGGAGCCCCCUACAGAAGCCCUGCUGCUUAGGAAGCCAUAUGGCCGCAACAAGCCUCUCAUCUCCCGCACCAUGAUGAAGAACAUCCUGGGUCAGGGAGUGUUCCAGCUAAUCACCAUCUUCACUCUGCUCUUUGCCGGAGAGAAAAUCUUUGAUAUCGACAGCGGCAGGAAUGCACCGCUCCACGCUGGACCCUCUGAACACUACACCAUUGUCUUCAAUACCUUUGUACUGAUGCAGCUUUUCAAUGAGAUCAAUGCCCGCAAAAUCCAUGGUGAAAGGAAUGUCUUUGAAGGCAUCUUCAACAACCUCAUCUUCUGUAGUAUUGUCUUUGGUACCUUCAUUAUCCAGAUCGUCAUAGUGCAGUUUGGUGGGAAGCCGUUCAGCUGCGUGGCUCUGAGCCUCGACCACUGGCUAUGGUGCACUUUCUUAGGCUUUGGCUCUCUGCUAUGGGGACAGGUAUGAAGUGACUAUACAACUGAGCUUCACCGUCAGUUUGCCAGAGAGAAACAAUGGUAUGACACUGCCCCCCUGUGGUGGAGUUGGUGUAAUGGGAGUCUAAUGGUGGCAGAUAAAUGCAGCAGUAUGUUGUACUCUUGUAAAGAGAUGGGUAAACUCCCAAAUUCAAAA